UAAUCCAACAAAACAAUCCGACACAACCUUCGCCAAUCAUCACUGCAACUGUCGUUUGACAGAUCAGUUUUGACAUACACAUCUUCAGAAAUCGACACGGUGUUCAUCAUGUCUGUGGUACACGAAUUCAAAGUUGAGAUGACCUGCGGCGGAUGCUCCUCGGCUGUUCAAAGAGUCCUUGGAAAACUAGGUGAUAAAAUCGAAGAUGUAAAUAUCGAUUUGGACGCCAGAACCGUUGCGGUUAAAUCAUCUAUGCCAGCUGAAGAACUAUUGGAAGUGAUUAAGAAAACCGGUAAAACUACAACGUAUGUGGGAGUGAAGAACUAACUUGCAAUUCGUCAUUGACUUCGCAUGUUUUUUUUAUAUAUAUAUUUGAACAGGUUUGAACAGGUGGGGGGAACUAGAGCAGCAUUUUUAUUGAUCACUUGCUGUUGGAACGAUGUGAUUUUUUUAUUAUUAAACUCUUAAACGAAUGCCAACAUAAAUGAAUAGUAAAUUUUCUGGUAACUUUGCAGUCAACAUAACAAUCAAUUAUUGAAAGUAAAACACAAAAAAAAAUAUUUAGAUAACAAUCCAGUCAGUUAAUUUAUAACAAUUUGUCAUUGACAAGAUAGUUUACUGAGCAGAAAAUUUCAUGUUAAAUAAAUUUUAAAAUAAUUUUUUAUUUCCUAA